AUGGAGCUUUCCUCGUUGCCUCACAGUCCAACUGAAGACGAUGGCAAAACUGCUUCAUCUCAGGCUGGUGCACCUUCAGACGAUGUGAAGUUCUUCACACCAAGGAACGAUUGUCUCUCUAAUGUCAAUACGUUCGGCCCAGCCGCCAUGAGCUUGCAGAGUCAGUCGAGCAGGGACAACAAACGAAAGGCUGCUCAGAGCAUUGUGGAAGUCAGUGAUACUAGUCAAGACCUAGGCACAUCCAAGAGGCUGAAGCUUGAGGCUAUGAGGAUCAAGUCGCCUCAGUUGCCUGGGGAUAGAUCACUUCUUCCCUCUGGAAUAUGGCAUCGAGUUUUCGCAUUUCUCCCCCCUAGGAGCUUGGGUACCUUGCUACGAGUUAACAAGCUUUUCAACGGGUAUCUUGAUUCUCACUCCGCUUUCGACAACACUGCUCUUUACCCGGAAAAUGCGAGUCUCUUCAAGCCAAUGAAACCAGAUACAAUCUGGCAGCAGUCAAGGAGAUUGCACCAUCCCAGAAUGCCCUCUCCGCUGGGGAAUCGUACUGAACUCGAUAUGUGGCGGCUAUGCUGCACCAAAAUCUGUCAAUAUUGCGGUGUUACAAAUUCGAUUGAUCAACAACAAGAGAAUGCUGAUCCCUGGCGUCCAGGGCCUGGAGUGUAUGGUCUGGCAACUGUAUUUGCAUUUGGCGUCACCUGUUGCGGUCCCUGUCUUUUGAAACAUUCUGUGAAGGAGAUCGACCUGUUACUUUCUUCCAUAACCCCAUCAUCCCUCAUCCCAGCACUCGCCUCUGUCUUCGUCACACCCGAACUGCAGGCCAUUCCAUCGAGCACCUUGGAAACCAACGUGGGCGAUAACAAGCUGGAGACUACAAAAUUAUACUCAACCUCCAGCAUCACUGCCGCCAAGGAACAGCUAAACGUGGUUCAGAGCCUUGGGACAGCAGCUGUCGAAGAGUGGCUCAAGGGACUAGGCGCCCAGGGUAAAGAACACAGAAUUGAUGCAUCACGAUGGGAGAAGUGGGCAGCGGCUGGCGGUCUGGCGCAAAUGUGCCGGAGCGUGCAAACUAUGGGAAACGGGAGUAUUGAUGAACUGGCGCAAGACCAAGAUCACGAACCACGAAAGUCCCCUCAAACUUCUUUAGAGGACCGAGAUUCCGAAGGCCGCAGUAGGUCAGAUAAGACCCACGAAGAGGCUGCCGCGCGGAAGGCAUUACGGCGUGCUGAAAUCGAGCGGCGCGCAAUGUUACUCGACCCUCCUCUGCCACCCAACGUUGUUGUCCACAUGCCUUCUUUUCAGGCAGCCAUACAAAUCACGGCCGCCUUGGACGAGAAUGCGUGGAAUACGCUGAAGCCCAAAUUGCUGUCUCAACGAGCCGAUGCCGAGAGGAAUAUCAACAGGGGUCUUACUGAAUCUCGGAGCUCCAGCAUUGAAACGAAGGUCGAGACAACAAGAGAAGUGACAGAUCAAGACUGGGACGAUAUCCAAGGUCCGGUACGAGCGCGAAUGUCAAAAUAUGCCGACGAGAUCAUCCGCGGUAGCUGGAAUAAGGGUCGCAAAGUCAACAAGGAGAAUAGCCCACGUUUUGCAGCGGGGGUCCUCCUAUCCGUGCGGUCAAGAUUCUACGCCGAUGUUGCGAAAGACGCUGCGGAUGCUAUCGCAGCAGGGCGGCAGCCUGUUGUUGAUCCCCAAGGUGGCCCCUUUACACAGAAGCUCACUCUGGAGAACAUGAAGUGGGUGUUUGAUAUGAAGAUCAAACAGCAUACCGAGUCGUAUAGGAAGGAGUUGUUUCUUUGCAAUGGUUGCGAAAGUCAUAGGCUCUACGGAUUUGAGGGGGUCAUACAACACUAUGCCGCAAAGCAUACCAAGGCCCUCAGUCUCGGCAACAUUGUUGUUCACUGGAGAGCCGAAUGGCCAGAGCAGCCCAUCUUCAAACCCAACGGCCGAUCGACCAAAGGUUCUCAGCAAGCCGCAGGAAAGGGAACCGCCCAAGGUCAUGCGGCAACAGGACCCCGGCCACCUCAAGGUCAUGAUACUCUUAGUCGGAGUGGCAGUCUCCUACCUAGCCCUGUGCACCGUUUUCCGUCUGACCAAGUUCCGCCCCUUUCCUAUCACGCACCACAAGCUGCCCCGUACAAUCCGUUACCAACAUACAGUACGGAUGCCAGCAUACCGCGUGCGCCCUACCUACCGCCGAACUUUGGGCCGUCUGGAGCCCCCCAAUUUUAUCCUGUGGCAUCUCCUAGCUUUGGACCCAUACUCUCUGGCCCACAAGAGCAACCUCCGAACAUGCUAGGAGCACCAUAUACUGGCCAACCGCAUAGCACUCUUCCACAUCAAGGCAAUCCUCAGCCACCGUCUGCUACACCUCAAGGAAUGCCCUUUGCGUCAUCGUACACCACUCAGUUGGAAAACUUGGCUCGGAUAGCGAGAGACAUUUGGAACUCGCUUAGCACAACCAGGGACUUACCUGGGCCUUUGAGAGUAUACAUCACUAUACACCAUGUGGUCAAACGUUUCUGGCACAAAUUUGGCGAGCCUCCCUUGUUGCGGAUGUUUAACGAUGGCUUAUCAAACAACAAGGCUAUGCGUCCAGUUCGCAAUAUCAACGGACUGAGGUGCAGAUCCUGUACAUUGGGUCUAGGGCCACCAGUCAAUCCAGAACGCACCAUGUUCUCGCUCCCGCAGCUCGUCAAUCACUUCGAAAACCAGCAUAUCGGAUUGCAGCAGGUCGGGCACAGGAGUGGGCCAGGCCUCGAUUGGACACAAGAUAUGAUCCUUAUGCCGGAUGUAUCAGAAAUUCCUGACUUGAAAGCCAUUAUUGGCGGCAAGGGACACAAGUUCAACAUAGUCAAUGAAGCAGUCCCCUGGGUCUUCAAUAAGCCCAACGGACCCACACAACAAUCUGGGGCCGCAUGGCCUUUAGGUGGGAUGAUGCUUCCAGUCAUGAACGCAACCCCUGGCAUGGUCCUGAAGCCAUUCGAGAAUCAGCGAUCGUGGGUCAAGCGCAACAACGCCGAGACACGCAGCCGUCAACGGAAGAUUAUAAUCGAAGAUCCGCAGCGCCCCCGUAUAAGCCACUGGUCACUCCUCACGAAGCACACGAACCAGGACGCAUCCUUCGGGUCUCAAACAUUGACCCUUGCCGACAAAGCUCUUGGGGCGCUUCUCCGACAGAAUUUGAUCGAGAGGGCCGCACCAUUUACUUUGACAGUGGGCAUUCUGCAGGUGGCUACAAAACGGAUCAUUACAUGCCGUCAGGCUACUUCCCAAACCGUACUUCAGCAUUGCCCGACGAAAAUCGCCAUGGGUACCGUGAGCAAAGUCGAGCCCCUGAUCGAGUCCUGGUCGAACCUCGGUAUGGGCAUGGUAGUAGAUACCCCGAAGGGGAGGAAGAGAGAGUCAAUCGACACAAGGCCUGGCCCAGCAAGAUAUGCCCCGGUAAUUCCUCAUUCUUCAAGGGCUGCUGAGCUGGAUUCUACACGUUCAUCAGCGGGGGAUCCCGAUGACUUUAGCUUGACUGCUGCUCUCGAGUCGCAUCUUGCUCAAGAUCGCGACGCGCUGGCUCGGGUACCCAAGGCUGGGCUGCUGGAGCGCGAGGUAGUUCGUCAAGAGCGCCGAUCCACAGCGCGCGACGGACCCCCAUCGGACUUUCCCAAUUACCCUGAACAACGACACAUGGAAGUAGAAGUUUUCGAUGACGCUCGCCAUGGACACUCCACGCAAUACAUGGCAGAAUCGCAUGGAUCCCGUCACACCGGACAUGCUUCUGAGGUGUCGACGUACUACCACAGCCCAGCGGUCCCUCAAAAUUCAGGUCGGAGCAGCGACAAUCGCAGCACAACGCGCUACGCGAGCGCGACUCGCCCUCAGUCUGCAGGUUACGAGGAGACUUAUGAGAUUGUGCACGUACGAGAUGCAGAGGGAGAGUACAUCGUUCGUCGGCCGAUUCUACGAGAGCGAGAAACGCAUCGGGUUUUUCACGAUGCUCUGUACGGCUCGAUGGACCAGACUCCUAUUCCUGGCGAGCGGCGAGAUGCUUUCUAA